AUGUGCGUUGAAAGUUACAAACACCGUCCCGCUCGACGGGGUAAGAUAUAUCUACUGUACUUAUUAACAUCUAUCUAUCUAUUUAUUUAUCUAUCUUCUUUUUUAGUGGGGCUUAUACAUAUCUAUCUACUUGUACACAGAAUAAACUGUUUCUAUCUAUCUAUCUAUCUAUCUAUCUAUCUAUCUAUCUAUCUAUCUAUCUAUCUAAAUCUUUUCCUAUCUAUGUAUCUACCUAUCUAUCACAGUCUUUUUCUUUCUUUCUAUCUAUCUAUCUAUCUAUCUAUCUAUCUAUCUAUCUAUCACAGUCUUUAUCUAUCUAUCUAUCACAUGGAAGGAAAACACGGAACACGGAUUAGAGUCCUCGAAGGGUCCAUCUAUCUAUCUAUCUAUCUAUCUAUCACAGUCUUUUUCUAUCUAUCUAUCUAUCUAUCUAUCUAUCUAUCUAUCUAUCUAUCUAUCUAUCUAUCUAAAUCUUUUCCUAUCUAUCUUUAUCUAUCUAUCUAUCACAGUCUUUUUCUAUCUAUCUAUCUAUCUAUCUAUCUAUCUAUCUAUCACAGUCUUUUUCUAUCUAUCUAUCUAUCUAACUCUUUUCUUAUCUAUCUAUCUAUCUAUCUAUCUAUCUAUCUAUCUAUCACAGUCUUUAACUAUCUAUCUAUCACAGUCUUUUUCUUUCUUUCUUUCUUUCUUUCUUUCUUUCUAUCUAUCUAUCUAUCUAUCUAUCUAUCUAUUUACCUAGUAGGGAGGGUCUCGAACAUUUUCCCCGUUUUGAGUCUUUGCUACGGACAUCAGGACAUUAUCCGUUUUUAUCUAAGCCGUAAAACAUCUCUCUCCCUAUCUCUUUUUCUCUUUAUAUCUCCCUCUCCCUCUCCCUCUCUCUCUCUCUCUCUCUCUCUCUCUCUGUCUCUCUCUGUGCUAGUGGUUAACAAGCUUGUCUCUCUCUCUCUCUCUUUCUCUCUCUCUCUCUCUCCCUCUCUCUCUCUCUCUCUCUCUCUCUCUCUCAGUGCCUCCGCACUUUUCUUAAAGUACAUUGGAGUGGCAUCAUUACAAAUACAGAAGUCAUCAAGGCAAUCAAUAUUACAAUCACUGAAAAAGAAAGAUCUGAGAUGGGCAGACCAUGUGUCGAGGAUGAUAGAAGACGUUUAUGUGCAUCAAACUCGCCUCUAUCCAGCGAAACAGGAAGGUCACCAUGGAAGAGAGAUCGGGACUCUUUGUGAGACCGACUACCGUCAGUUGGCAACAGACGGGGAGAGAUGGAAGUCUUCGAAGGAAACUUCUACAGAGCUCGAGCAGAAAAAAAAGAAACAACUACGUAAAAGCCGGUGGUUCAUCUUGUUGCAGAAGCCGUGGAAAAAAUAUCCCAUAUAG